UGGCGGCGCCGCGCCGCCUGCACCGACCCCGUGCCGCCGAGACCGCAGCGCCGUCGCCGCCGGGGCUGGACGCUUCCAGGAACGCUGUGGUGCGGCGCGGGGGACUCGGCGGGGAACUGGAGCGAGCUGGGGCUGUUCCGCGGCCCCGACCGCUGCUGUCGGGAGCACGACCAGUGCUGGGCGCAAAUCACGGCGCUGCAGUUCAACUACGGCAUCCGCAACUAUCGCCUGCACACCGUGUCCCACUGCGAUUGCGACGCCAGGUUCCGGCAGUGCCUGCUCGCCAUCAACGACACCGUCUCCAACAUCAUUGGCGUCACAUUCUUCAACCUGUUGGAGGUGCCAUGCUUUGUGUUGGAAGAGAGUGAGGAGUGCGUCCAGUGGCACUGGUGGGGCGGGUGUGAGCGUUAUGAUGUAGUGCCUCUUGCCAGGAUGGUGCAGCAGAAUCAGUACCACCCCAGCCUACCAGCAGAGAAGAGGGGCAGCCCCACUGUGCAGCCCCCAGGCAAAAGAAGGACUUUCUCUAGAAGAGGGCGUAAGUGGCUUCGACAGGAACUGAGGGCAAAGCCUCGCCAUCACCAGGUAUGGAGACGUAAGACAGCCCAGCAGCUGCAGGGCCCAGGUACCCCAACAUUGGCCAGGGACAAGGCUGAGCUCACAACCAGGCACCCAGCACUGCAGUGGGGGCUAGAGCCUGACCCUGCAACAGCACUGACAGUGGCAGGACAGUAUGUGGCUGGAGCAGAGCAAGGAGCUGGAAUCUCAGCACGUCCUUGGUAUGGCAGCAUUAGACCCAGCCCAGCCACAGCACAGUGUGGAGUCACCACCAUGCCAGCUGUGAAGGAGCGCAGGGAGAAGGGCACAGGGUGCAGGUGCAACAAACACCUGGGUAAGUGUGAGCACCAGAUUGCACCCCAUGAGGCAAAGUACCAGCUGCAUAACGCGGACAGCCGGACACUCCUCCACUGCAACUGCACACACAGGUGUGAGUCCAGGAGGAAAAGGGCACUCUGUGCAUACAGCUGGGGAUCAGAGGAGGCUGGCACGGUGCCUCCAUAG